UGGAUGAGCCACCCUUGGCACUGCGCCUCAUGCGUGUGACUCAGAUGGAUGCUGCUCUUCUGAAGGAUUCCUGCAAGUACUCAGAGUUGUCCAACCUGCUUGGGCUCAGGCUGGAGCCUGAGAAAUUUGAAAUCUUCAACCUGGGUUUGAAGACUGGGGAUAGCCUGAAGAUCAAGGGCAAGAUAUCCAAUGAUGCUGAUGAGUUCAGCAUCAAUCUUGGCAGCAAGUCCUCGGAUCUGGCAUUUCACUUCAAUCCCCGGUUCAAUGAGUCUGUCAUCGUCUGCAACUCCAGGUGCUCUAAUGCCUGGGAGGCAGAGCAUCGUGAUAACCACCUCUGUUUCUCCAGGGGCUCCUCUAUCAAGAUGACUAUUGAAAUGCUGGAAGACAAAUUCCAAGUGAAACUACCAGAUGGGCAUGAAGUGCACUUCCCCAACCGACACUGCUACAGCAAGAUCAGCUACAUGAGUGUCAAGGGAGGCUUCAGGGUCACCUCCUUCAAGUUGGACUGA